CAGUCCUCCCCUCGGAGGGCGGGGCGCGGUGCACGCCGGGAAGCCGCCGCCCAAGAUGGCGGCAGGAUUGAAAAGUUGUUGGUGGCGCUGAGGCGAUUCCGGGCGGGCCGCGGCUGGGAGUGGGAGCCGGGUCUCCGGCGGGCUCUAUGGUCGCUGCCAGGCAGUGAGCCCGGUCACCUGGGCCCCGCUGCGCACCGAGUCCGAGCGAGCACGGCUGCUGCGGGGAUGCCCCCUGGGGGGCCGGGGCCGCCGCCGCCGGAGACAUGGAGGAGGAGGGCAAGAAAGGCAAAAAGAAGGAAGCUGUGGUUAUUGCACUUCCUGGCCAUGAGCUGGGUUUGCCUGCCCUUCAGCAUGGGCUGCGAGCUUGGGAAGCCCCUGAGACGAGAAUAGCAACUUCUCUCGCCCCUCGGAGGUGCUUUCAGUGAAGCCACCAAAGGCCCUGCUCCAGCACUGUUUGGUUCUGAUCCCCAUUAGGUGGGUACUUCAAUGGAGAACGAGCCUGGAAUAGUGUCUCCUUUCAAACGAGUCUUCCUGAAGGGCGAAAAAGGGAGAGAUAAAAAAGCCCAGGAGAAAGUUACGGAGAGGCGGCCUCUGCAUACAGUGGUGGUGUCCCUGCCUGAUCGCGUCGAACCAGAUGUGCUGCUGAAUGACUACAUUGAGAAAGAAGUGAAGUAUUUAGGUCAACUCACAUCCAUCCCAGGGUACCUGAAUCCCUCCAGCCGCACGGAAAUCCUGCAUCUGAUCGAUAAUGCGAAGAGAGCACACCAGCUCCCAGGGCAGCUGACCCAAGAACAUGAUGCUGUCAUCAGCCUCUCUGCCUACAACAUCAAGCUGGUGUGGAGGGAUGGAGAAGAUCUCAUCCUCAGGGUCCCCAUCCAUGACAUUGCGUCUGUUUCCUACAUCCGAGAUGACUCCUCUCACUUGGUUGUGCUGAAAACAGCUCAGGACCCUGGGAUCUCCCCAAGCCAGAGUCUCUGUGCCGAGAGCUCCAAAGCACUUACUUCAGGCUCGCUGUCUGAGAGCGGGGUGGUUCCUGUUGAAGCUUGUUGCUUGGUGGUCCUGGCUACGGAGAACAAAGUGACUGCUGAGGAGCUGUGCUCACUUCUCAGCCAGGUCUUCCAGAUUGUUUACACUGAGUCCACGAUAGACUUCUUGGACAGAGCAAUAUUUGAUGGGGCCUCCACACCAACACGGCACAUGUCCUUACACAGUGAUGACUCUUCUACAAAAGUGGAUGUUAAGGAAUCUUACGAAACAGAAGCAAGCACUUUUUCCUUUCCAGAAACCUUGGAUGCGGGUGACAACUCCCCCUCUUCCUUCUCCACGCAACAGUCUCCACACAUUAAGACAGUCAGCGAGAGUGAGCUGAGCACCACAGCAACAGAGCUGCUCCAGGACUACAUGAUGACGCUCCGCACUAAACUCUCUUCCCAAGAGAUCCAGCAAUUUGCAAUGCUCCUGCACGAAUAUCGCAACGGGGCUUCAAUCCAUGAAUUCUGCAUCAACUUGAAGCAGCUCUAUGGGGACAGCAGGAAGUUCCUGCUCUUAGGUCUUCGCCCCUUCAUCCCUGAGAAGGACAGCCAACACUUUGAGAACUUCCUGGAGACCAUCGGGGUGAAGGACGGCCGGGGCAUCAUCACAGACAGCUUUGGGAGGUACAGGCGGACUCUGAGCACCACCUCCAACUCCACCACCAAUGGCAACGGCGCUGCCGGCAGUUCGGAUGACCAGUCCGUCCCUUCCGAGGAGGACGAGUGGGACCGGAUGAUCUCGCACAUCAGCAACGACAUCGAAGCCCUGGGGUGCAGCAUGGACCGCGAUUCCUCCUGAGAGCGAGCGGGGGGAGGACGGAGACACCCCACAGCAGCGCCGGGAUCCUCACCUUCUGGAAGAGGCUUUGGAGCUCCAUCAGGAUGCAGUUACUCUCCCAUCCUCGUUCACAGCUCCAAGGGGCAGCUGGUGCCCUCUUACCAUGGAGGACCCCCAGGCAGGAGCCCAGCCUGCAGCCAUCUCCAGUUUGGUUUUACCGCUGCAGCGGGGAGAUAGGUCACCUACAGCCUCCUGCCUGGUUUACAGUUUUGCACAUGGUAUCCCUAUUAUAACUGCUCUCCUCCUCCUCUUCUUCCUCUCCCUGUUUUUGAAUGAAGUUUACCACAAUGUGAAUUAUUUAAA